AUGUCGAACGCGAUAGAGGAUCCCCGGGUCAGGGCGGCCAUUGAGCACUACCUGUUAGAUCUGGAGAACACCCAGCCGAAGAAUACGAAGCGAAAUUAUCGUCCCAAGCAGGAAGAAUGGAAGGAGUGGUGUCAAGCCAACUGGCCUGCGAUCCCGGACGUUUGGCCGGCCUCGGUACCACAGGGCCAACAGCUACCGGGAGACCUGGUCGAUGAAGGAAAGCUCUUGCUCUUCAUGAAGGAGAUACCCGACCACACCAACGUGGCAUGGUCCGAGAGAGAGAUCGCCUGCGCCCUGAGGACGCAGGUGGACUUUCUGCUCGGGAACCACAUGCUGCUGCGGUCCGGCAACCGCCUGCCGAUGGAGUUGGCAGACUGCUUUCCCCUGGACUUACCCAACGAGGGCUUCAAGGCCCAGGGGUAUACCACGAAGGCGCUGGUUGUCGUGAUGAACUGUGGGAAGACCAACCAGCACGGCCGCAUGGAGUAUGGAUCUGCUUUGCGGCAUCGAGAUCCGCGAUCUUGUCUCAUCGGCGCCCUCGCGUUCUGGCUUUUCUGGCGCUGGCAGGUAGAAAAGGCGGAAAGGUUUCCCGUCUUCCAAAGAAGCGAAGACUGGUAUGAAACGAAGGUGCUCCGCCGAUCGGCGAAGGAGCCUCAAGCUCCGUUGUCGGGCCAGACUGCCCGAGAAUGGACGUCCAGGUUCUACAAGAAGGCCGGCAUCAAGGUCUCCAAGGUCAGCCACGCGCCUAGAGUGGCCGCGACGCAAAACGCCGACAUGGCCGGAGUGGAUGAAGGCCAGAUCCGCCGAGCCGGUCGUUGGAAUAACGGAGACCAAAUGACCGGCUGCUAUCUGACUUCCCUGCCUUUCGAAUUCGAGGGCCGUGGCCGACUUUGA